UGGUCCUUUAAUAGUUUCCGUUUCCGGUGUAGCCGUUUCGCCGGGAGCCGUUGUGAUUUGCACGUGUCCGUCAUGGGAGCUUAUUUGUCUCAACCGAACACCGAGAAGUGCUCUGCGGAUGGCGGCAACGGGAAGAUGCGCUACGGCUACUCGGCCAUGCAGGGCUGGAGGGUGUCUAUGGAGGAUGCUCACAACUGUAUCCCUGAGUUGGACAGUGACACGGCUAUGUUCUCGGUGUAUGAUGGACAUGGAGGGGAAGAGGUGGCUCUGUACUGCUCGAAGUACUUACCUGACAUUAUCAAGGAUCAGAAAGCUUACAAGGAAGGCAAACUGCAGAAGGCCCUGGAGGAUGCCUUCCUAGCCAUAGAUGAGAAGCUGACGCAGGAGGAGGUGAUCAAGGAGCUGUCCCAGAUGGCUGGACGUCCUCUCAAUGACCAUGAAGAUGGUGACAAGCUGACAGAGGAGGAUGAUGUGGACAACGAGGAAGCCGCACUGUUGCAUGAAGAAGCUACAAUGACCAUUGAGGAGCUGCUCACUCGCUACGGUCAGAACUGUGGUAAAAAUGCAAAGACGAGAUUUGGGCAGCAUGCGGGGGAUAAGAAAGUCGUAGAGGAGAAGGCCGUGGAGGUCGGUGUGAAUGGAGACCUGAGUAUGGGGGAGACAGCUGGUGAAAAUAAGAAGAAGAAUGGGAAGGAAGAGGGAGCAGAACCAUCCUCGUCAGAUAAAGACAGUUUACCGCAAGAUUCCUCCCCAUCAAAGACCAAAUCUACAGAUGAAGCCGUGUCUUCUUCCACCGGGGAGGCUGGCCCCUCAUGCUCCUCCACAUGUCCAGCUUCCAACAAGUCAAAGUAUUUUGAAGACAGUGAAGAAUCUGAUGAGGCAGAAGAGGAGGAGGAGGAGGAGGAAGACAGUGAGCCUGGCUCAGACAGUGGGACCACGGCGGUUGUCGCUCUUAUUAGAGGAAAGCAGCUUAUUGUGGCCAAUGCAGGAGACUCUCGUUGUGUUGUAUCUGAGCGAGGCAAAGCCAUUGACAUGUCCUACGACCACAAGCCUGAAGACGAGCUAGAAUUGGCCCGAAUCAAGAAUGCAGGGGGAAAGGUUACUAUGGACGGCAGGGUCAAUGGGGGCCUCAACCUUUCCCGAGCCAUUGGCGACCAUUUCUACAAGAGGAACAAGAACCUUCCUCCUGAGGAGCAGAUGAUCUCUGCUUUACCUGAUAUAAAGGUGCUAACCAUGACAGAGGAGCACGAUUUCAUGGUGAUUGCAUGUGACGGCAUCUGGAAUGUGAUGAGCAGCCAGGAGGUGGUGGAUUUCAUUCAUGAGAGAAUUACCCAGCAGGAACAGAGCGGAGACCCUGUGUGUUUGUCCUCCAUUGUGGAAGAGGUGAGCUAA